AUGCACAGGCAACCGUGGGCAACCUCUAUCCUUUGCUUGCUGAGUCUCUUACCAACCGUACUGGCCCUUGUGCCCCCAGAAUGUGACUUCAUCACACAGUUGAGAGAGGAUGAGCAAGCAUGUCUGCAAGCAGCAGAGAGGAUGCCCAACACCACCCAGGGCUGCUCUAGCACCUGGGAUGGGCUGCUGUGCUGGCCGAAGGCAGGCUCUGGGGAGUGGGUCACGCUUCCCUGCCCAGAUUUCUUCUCUCACUUCAGCUCAGAGCCAGGGGCUGUGAAGCGGGAUUGCACCAUUAUGGGCUGGUCCGAGCCCUUCCCGCCUUACCCUGUGGCCUGCCCUGUGCCCCUGGAGCUAUUGGCCGAGGAGAAAUCUUACUUCUCCACGGUGAAGAUCAUCUAUACCAUGGGCCACAGCAUCUCUGUGGUAACCCUCUUCGUGGCCGUCACCAUCCUGGUUGCUCUCAGGAGGCUCCACUGCCCCCGGAACUACAUCCACACCCAGCUGUUUGCCACCUUCAUCCUCAAGGCGGGAGCUGUGUUCCUGAAGGAUGCUGCUCUCUUCCAUGGCAACAACACUGACCACUGCAGCUUCUCCACUGCACUGUGCAAGGUCUCCGUCGCCACCUCCCAUUUUGCCACCAUGACCAACUUCAGUUGGCUACUAGCCGAAGCUGUCUACCUGACCUGUCUGUUGGCUUCCACAUCACCCAGUGUGAAGUGCCCCUUCUGGUGGCUGGUUCUUGCUGGCUGGGGGUUUCCUGCGCUCUUCACAGGCAGCUGGGUGGGCUGCAAGUGGGCCUUUGAGGACACUGCGUGCUGGGAUCUGGAUGACAGCUCCCCCUACUGGUGGAUCAUCAAGGGGCCCAUCAUCCUCUCGGUUGGGGUGAACUUUGGGCUUUUUCUCAAUAUUAUUCGCAUCCUGUUGAGGAAACUGGAACCGGCUCAGGGCAGCCUCCACACCCCAUCUCAGUACUGGCGUCUCUCCAAGUCAACCCUUCUUCUCAUCCCUCUGUUUGGAAUUCACUACAUCAUCUUUAAUUUCCUACCUGACCACACCGGCUUGGGCGUCCGCCUGCCCCUUGAGCUUGGGCUGGGCUCCUUCCAGGGUUUCAUCGUUGCCAUCCUGUACUGCUUCCUCAACCAAGAGGUGAGGACUGAGAUCUCACGAAGGUGGCAUGGCCAUGACCCUGAGCUUCUGCCAGCCCGGAGGACCCACACCAGGUGGCCGAUGCCCACUGGCUCAGAGGUGAAGGUGCUGACAUCCGCGUGCUAG